CUCAAGUCAUCCUUGGGGAAGCCCCACUUCCUUUUGACCUCUAAAUGGUAUUUACCUGGGACCCAAGAUCUCAAUACUUAGGCAUUCAGCAUUAACGUUGAAGCUUCCUGCAAUGUCACAGGAAGCUCAUGGCGAAGCCUCCUAGCUGAUUAAGCAGAAUAUAAUAUACGUAUACCAUGAUCGGAACGGUGUUAGGCCUUCAGUUCCAAUAUCUAGAUGUCUAAUAACAAUUUUAGACCACCAGACUCACCAGAAAGUGACCAUGCCGAUCAAUCCAAUUUUGAGCUCCCUGACGAGUACUUCACUUUUGACGGUUGGCUGGAGGAUUAUCCUGAAGCUAUCAUCUCAGGGCCAAUUGAGAAUCCUGUUAAUCAAGCCAAUGAAGUUAAUGAUUCUGCUGGCACUAGCAGCCUCCUUCAAGGACCAGCUGGUAACAGAGAAAGUGAAACCGCCAGGGAGAGGAGAGAAUUCAAAGAAAGAUUUGCAUUCAGGACCAAGUCUGAGGUUGAGAUACUGGAUGAUGGGUACAGAUGGAGGAAAUAUGGGAAAAAGAUGGUGAAAAACAGCCCAAAUCCAAGGAACUACUAUAAAUGUUCUGUUGAAGGAUGCCCCGUCAAGAAAAGAGUUGAAAGAGACAAAGAGGAUCCAAGUUAUGUGAUUACAACUUAUGAGGGGAUCCAUAAUCACCAAAGGGCUUCUUGAAUCAGUGGUUAAGUUUCUGAGGUUCGAGUUCUUUGACAACUAAUAUCUCACAGCCAACUCCUGCAGAAGGCCAACAUCUAUCUGCAUCGAUCACAUGCAAUUCAUGUUUCCAUGAUUAAGAAAUUUAAGGAUAAUAUCGAAAAGUCUCAGUCCUUUUUAUUCAUGUAGGUAUCUUUAAGAAAUCUAAGGAUCCGAAUACAUAGAGUUUUGCGAACUUUCUUUCGUCCUUGGUUUGUUAUGUACAAAAUUUGUUGGCUGGCAAAACCCUGAAUUUCAUUCCCGUUUUCAACUGAUAGGUUUUAGUUAUAGGUUGAUCCUAUCAAGUAUUAACAGCACAAACUCAGGGUGCUGUAUUUUUGAACUGUGGAGGAUUGGUGGACGUUGCUAGCAGAAGGAAAAACCAGCUUGGGGCCUUGGAGACGGUAAAAUCUUACAUGAGAUUUUAAACUGUUUGAUCCGUUUGGUGACGUUCUUCAGUCAUAUGAUGUUAUUCAAAGUAAAACAAUCAAACUUUCAUAGGUGAAAUUUUGUCCCAACAAUAACAGUCUCAAUUGUGAAGAA